AUGAAGUCUAGCACUGAUGAAAAUGUUAGGCUUUCUGAAACUGUUGCCUUUGGGAGGACAGAAACAUGGAGCAUCCUUGAAGAUGUGGUCUUGGGAAGCCCACAGGGCACUGAUGACCCUAGGGUGUGGCCGCCGAGAGCUCAGGGAAGGGUGGAAAUAACACUUCAGGAUAUCAAUGACAACCCACCAGUAUUCCCCACAGAUAUGCUUGAUCUGACUGUGGAAGAGAAUAUAGGAGAUGGAUCUAAAAUAUUGCAGCUGACAGCCAUGGAUGCUGAUGAGGGAGCCAAUGCCCUCGUCACAUACACUAUUAUCAGCGGUGCGGAUGAUAGCUUCCACAUUGACCCUGAGUCAGGAGACCUCAUAGCCACCAAGCGCCUGGACCGGGAGCGCCGCUCCAAGUAUUCCUUGCUAGUUCGUGCUGAUGAUGGCCUGCAGUCCUCAGACAUGAGAAUAAACAUCACCGUUAGCGAUGUUAAUGACCAUAUCCCCAAAUUCUCCAAACCGGUGUAUUCCUUUGACAUCCCAGAAGAUGCCACUCCAGGUUCUUUAGUGGCUGCCAUUCUAGCCACUGACGAUGACUCCGGUAUCAAUGGGGAAAUCACGUACACUGUAAGUGAAGAUGAUGAAGAGGGUAUGUUCUUCCUGAACCCUGUUACUGGAGUCUUCAACCUGACUCGCGUGCUGGACUAUGAAGCGCAGCAGUAUUACAUUCUCACCGUCCGCGCGGAAGAUGGGGGAGGCCAAUUUACUACCAUCAGAGUGUACUUCAAUAUAUUGGACAUCAACGACAACCCACCAGUGUUCAGCAUGACCUCAUACAGCACGUCUUUGAUGGAGAACCUAUCUCCAGGAUCUGCUAUUCUCAACUUCAGUGUCACUGAUGCAGAUGAUGGCUCCAACUCGCAGCUGUCCUUCAGCAUUGCAUCUGGGGACAGCGCGGGACACUUUGGCAUCGACAACAGCGGGAUGCUCAGCAUCAGGCAGCCUCUGGAUCGGGAAAGCCAGUCUUUCUACAGCCUCGUUGUGCAAGUCCAUGAUAUGGCUUCUCUCCCGGCCUCCAGGUACACAAGCACAGCCCAAGUUUCAAUUAUUCUGCUGGACGUGAACGACAGCCCUCCAAGCUUUAUCUCUCCAAAGCUGACCUACAUCCCAGAAAACACACCAAUAGAUACGAUUGUGUUCAAAGCACAGGCAAUGGAUCCUGACAGCGGUCCAAACAGCUACAUUGAGUACAGUCUGCUUUGGCCGCUGGGAAACAAAUUCAGUAUCGGCACUAUUGAUGGUGAAGUGAGGCUGACCGGGGAGCUCGACAGAGAAGUUAUAUCCAACUACACCUUGACGGUGGUAGCCAGAGACAAGGGCCAGCCAUCCCUUUCUUCAUCUACGGAUGUGGUAGUUAUUGUUCUGGACAUUAAUGACAAUAACCCGCUUUUUGCCCAAAAGCUUUAUAAAGUAGAGGUGGGGGAAAAUACUUUGACAGGGACGGAUUUAAUACAGGUGUUUGCUGCAGAUGGAGAUGAAGGUACAAAUGGGCAAGUCCGCUAUGCCAUCGUGAGUGGAGACACCAAUAAUGAAUUUCGGAUCGAUUCUGUAACGGGGGUGAUAACCAUUGCCAAACCUUUGGACAGAGAGAAAAAGCCCUCCUACACCCUGACUGUUCAGUCGGCUGACCGCGGGAGCAGCCCGAGGACCGAUACCACAACAGUCAAUAUUAUUCUGAAGGAUGUCAAUGAUUAUGUUCCCACAUUUGAACUUUCUCCCUACUCUGUGAACGUCCCUGAGAAUUUAGAAACACUUCCAAAAGUUAUUCUUCAGGUUGUAGCAAGGGACGAUGAUCAAGGCCUGAACAGCAGACUUACUUACGUUCUGGUGGGUGGAAAUGAAGAAGGAGCCUUUAUCCUCUCGGCCAGCGGAGAGCUGCGCUUGGUGCAGAGCCUGGACCGGGAGAGAAAGGAGCAGUAUGUGCUACUGAUCACAGCUGCUGAUUCAG